CCUCUCGACGCGCGCUCACGUCACCCGCAACCGCAACAAACGAACCGAGGCCAAAUUCCCCAAUCCCCCGCCUCCUCCUCCUCCCCCCGCGAACCCUAACCCUACCCCGCCCGCCAUGGACGAGGGCGCCGGCGACGCCUCGCCGCCGCCAGCGCCUCCUCCCCCGGCGCACGCGCCCCCUCCCGCCCCGCAGGCCCCCACCGCCGCGGCCCCCUCGCAGCGGGACGUGUCGGCGUCCCCCACCAGCUCGCGCUCCGUGACGGAGACCGUCAACGGCUCCCACCGGUUCGUGAUCCAGGGCUACUCGCUCGCCAAGGGCAUGGGCGUGGGGAAGCACAUCGCCAGCGAGACCUUCUCCGUGGGCGGGUUCCAGUGGGCGGUCUACUUCUACCCCGACGGGAAGAACCCCGAGGACAACUCCGCCUACGUCUCCGUGUUCAUCGCCCUCGCCUCCGAGGGCACCGACGUCCGCGCGCUCUUCGAGCUCACGCUCCUCGACCAGAGCGGCAAGGGCAAGCACAAGGUCCACUCCCACUUCGACCGCUCCCUCGAGUCCGGUCCGUACACCCUCAAGUACCGCGGAUCCAUGUGGGGUUACAAACGGUUCUUUCGGCGAACUGCCCUCGAGACUUCAGACUUUCUUAAAGACGAUUGCCUGAAGAUAAAUUGCACUGUGGGUGUUGUUGUGUCAACUAUUGAUUACUCCAGACCACACUCUAUACAAGUUCCAGACUCAGACAUUGGCUAUCAUUUUGGUUCACUGUUGGGCAAUCAGGAGGGUGUUGAUGUCAUUCUUAAUGUGGGAGGAGAGAGGUUUCAUGCCCAUAAGUUGGUGUUGGCUGCACGGUCUCAUGUAUUCAGAUCUCAAUUUUUUGAUGACGAAUCUGAGGGGGAGAAGAACGAGGUUGAUGAAAGUGAUGAACUGAGAGAGUUUUCUAUUGAUGAUAUGGAGCCAAAGGUUUUCAAGGCGAUGCUUCAUUUCAUCUAUAGAGAUACCCUUGUUGAUGAGAACGAGUUGGGCACAUCAAGCUCUGACGGUUCUGUCUUUGAUACUCUGGUAGCAAAAUUGUUGGCUGCAGCAGACAAGUAUGACUUAGGAAGGCUAAGAUUGCUAUGCGAGUCUUACCUCUGCAAGGGUAUAUCAGUGGCCUCAGUUGCGAGUACGCUAGCAUUGGCUGAUCGUCACCAUGCUAUGGAGCUUAAAGCUGUUUGCCUAAAAUUUGCUGCCGAAAAUCUUUCAGCUGUAAUCCGGACAGAGGGGUUCCUUUACCUCAGGGACAACUGCCCAUCUCUGCAGUCAGAGAUACUGAAAACUGUUGCGGGGUGCGAGGAGCAGUGCAGCAGUGGCGGGAAGAGCCAGAGCGUUUGUGCGCAGCUCUCAGAUGGCGGCGACACCAGUGGACGCAGGGUUAGGCCAAGAAUCUGAGGCCAACCCACAACUCUGACAUGGUUAGCCAGCUCUCCCUCUGUAAAUGACGAUGUCAAUUCGUCCUGUAUGUGAAGAAAAACAAUUUUAAAUAGCUGUGACUAGCUGUGUCUCAACAUGCUCCUUACAUCUCAUCUGGCAUUUUGUUUGUAAUUAGUUGAUUUGUUUGGUCCCGGAACAGUACUGGAUCGAUGUGUAGGCAGCCACAGCCUGCAAAAGCUCACGAGGUCACGGUAAAAUGGUGCUCUUGUGUGUUGGCAACGGGGUUUUGCUGCAGCUGCCUGCUACUAACCUAUUCAUUUAGCUCUGUUCUUCUGGAGUGAAAGGCAUCAGAUAGGGAAGACUGGAGAGGCAGAUUGGAGGUGACACAUUUUUUUAGCCUGUUGGCAAAUAUUAUUUACAUGGAUUGUUUACAUUUCUGCUGGCAAGUAUCCAUAAUUGUCGAUGAUGAGAGGUGAUGAAUAUGUACACCAUCUGUAAGAGCCAGAAAGUAGCAAAUACAAUGCUCAUUCACAUU